AAACAACUAAAAAAUAUAAUGCACAAUCAUAUCAUUUUCUAGAAAAAGAUGAAAAAGAAAAAAUAAAAUAAAAUAAGAAUUAAGUAGGUCCACAUAUGUACAUGUGGCAUUGCUAAAAGACUUGCCAAUUUAGGAAGCUUGUCAAUUUGAAAAGAACCACUCCAUCACUAGCAAUUGCCACACAUGUGCCACCUCACCCUCCACUCAUCUUAGCAAUUGCUAAACUUUAGCAAUGCAUAUGGUCAUAGGGAAUUAGAACCGUCUAUUGUGGCCAUGUGGAUUUGAUAUUUCUCUCGUUUACAUAAUUGUGACCAUAUCUUUUUAUAUACGGGUUAGGGAUUCGGGGUGGGUUUGGAGACGGUUUGCCUAAACCAUUAUUAUCCUCGUUUGUAAAUAUUCAAACUCAUACCCAUUCCAUACCUGGGGGUUUUGGGUAUCCAUCGGUAAUAUUCGAUCCGUACAUCCAACAUUAUAAUACCUAAACUUUACAUAUAAAUUUUCAAUUACAAUAUUAAACGCACCUAUUAUAUCAUCAAGUCGACAAAGAGACAAUCGUUCUUAAUACUGUUCAAAACAUCUUAUAUUAAAACAUUCAUUAAUCCAUAAGAUAGAGUACAACGUAAUCCAAAUCAUUAUUCUCUAACUCUGAUACAUCUACUAAGUAAUAACUAACCAACACAAUCUUGUUAACACGAGUGAAAAAGUGAAAGAGUGCAUGGAGAGUUGAAGAGAAGGAAUUAGGUUUUGAUUUGAGUGGUCACGCAAUUGUAUUUCUAUUAUUUACUUUCCUGAGUUACCCUCACUAUCAUUGAUAAGUUACAAUUUGAUCUAUAAGAUUUUUAUUUAUAUGUGAAGAAAUGCUCUUGGUGGAGCUCGUAUGGGUAUGGAAACAAGGCGGGGAGGCUAAAAUCAUACUCGUCCCAUACCCAUCAAAUAUUUUACGGGUUUUACCCAUACCCAAUCAAUACGGAAAUUUCUUACGCUAACUGGACUGAGAUGUCGGAUACCCACAAUCAUAGGUUUGAUUGUCAUCCCUAUUCCAAAUCCAUAUCAAUUAAUUUAUUUGUGAGUGUGACUCAUACCCACUACAUACAUAGUAAUGCGCUAUGUUAAUCGGUUGCAAAGAGUCGAAUACCUCCAUUUGUGAUUUUAGUUGUCAUUCUCCUAAUAAAGGGGGAAGGUUGAGUUAAACUUUUAGGGGCGAAAUUGACACUUUUUAUGUAUGUCAGUUAACAAUUUGACCUAUGUUUACGGUUUAUGAGUGGAAAUGUUACAUUGGGACGGUUUGAGGCAUUGUUAUAACAAAGAGGCAUUUUUACUUUUUUUUACGAAGAGGCAUUUGGAUUUGUUACAUGCGUGUAACUAUUUUCAAGAACGUUACUAUUGUCAAUAUGAUGAGUGUGUUGUUUAUUUACACUUUUUCUUAAAUUUGUAAAACUUUUUAUUCAAGUUAGUUUUUUUCUUAAGUUGGGGAAUAGUAUAUUUGGUAACCGUUUAAAAAGAGUAAAGUUGAUGGGAACUGAGUAUUUUUUUUUUAAUAAAUGGAAUGUUAGUUAAUGGGAUGGUGAAUAAUGUGUUUAAUAGUAGUAAAUUGAGUUUUGAGAAAUGAUUAUUAAGGACAUACAUAACUAUAACUCUAAGAAUAUUUUUUAAGACAAAAAAAGUUGAAAAGUGAAAUUAUUUUUGUAAGAUGGAUUUUCAAAUUAAAAAAAUUGUAUAUUUUAAAGUGAAUAAUGAUUUUGGCUUUAUUUUGAGAAAAAAGGUAAAAAUGAUUGUUUGUUUUUAUAUAAAAUUAUAAUUGAGAAAAUUUAAACAAAAAGUCAGUAUAAACAAACACACCCGAUAUCUUAUUUUGGUAUAUAAAUCCUAUUAUAUAUUUUCAGAUUUUACUUCUGAACUAAUCUAUUGGCACAAAACUCUUUAGGAGUGCUAAUUGGUUUGAUGUGGGUAAAUUACUAAUUGAUUUGGUGGUUAGUGAUUAAUUACUAAGCAAAAAAUACAUGGCAAAAAAUGAACUGAUAAGACUUAUUGGUCAACCGUAUAUUAUUGGUUCGGUUAACGGUUAGUUUGGCGAUUAACCACUAACCAAUAACAACCUCCACAUACGACAUUUUUUGUUGUUGUUUUUACAUUUUUUGUGGUGCCCUUUUUAAAAAUGACAUAUAAUCAUGCAGUUAAUUCAAGCCAAUUCUUCAUCAAAAAAAAAAUAUUCAAGCCAAUUUAACCACACUUCUAUAUUGUUAAUAUAAAAUAAUUAUUAUGAGAAAUAAUAUCAAUACAAUACAAAAAACAUCACAACUUCAUAAUCAAAAUUCCAACACAUAUAAAUUUAAAAUAAUCAAAUAUUUUCAUCCAAUUGGAGAGAACCAACUAACAAAGCAUCAAACACAAACACCAUAACAUCAUUAUUCACAAACAACAAAGAAACAAAAGCUACUAGAGUGUGAAAUUCGCUUUGUCGACUGCAAUUGAAAGUUAGAGAGAGAUUACUUUCGAGUUCUGGCUCUUAAAUACAUUUAAAUUUUUGGGUGGAAGGUUAUUUGCAAUAUGUUAGAAUCUUUUGUUAAUCAAAUUUUGGGACUUUUUCUAGAGCUGGGAAAAUAAAACAGACCGUUUGAAAAAUUGUGGACCAAACUAGACAACACAGUUUGGUCCAGACCGUAGACCGUGAAUAAUGGUCUGUAUUAUAUGAAGUUUUGAUUUCUUGGUCUGGUCUGGUAUAGACCCCGGUUUACCAGACCAACUCGUGGAUCUGGGCGACUUCCCAAUACAUGUUAAUAGCCCACUCGACCACUCUCCCAACUCCCUCAUCGAGACUCAAGUCUCAACCUUAAUUUUUAGAAUCUCGUCCCCUCCUUCAUUCAAAACCACAUUUCACUAGAUAGUAGAGACGAUCGUGUCUCCAUAUGACAUUAUGUUAAUGUUUGUGAUGUUAUGGUGCAAGUUGGGAUUCUUCGACUUUGUAUCUUUGUUAUUUACUAAGAUUUAAGGUGUCAAAAUUAUUCAUGCAUGUUGGAUUUUAUGUAUUAAGGCAAAAAAAACAAUUGUUUUUCUAAGUUAUUGGUUCAAUUUGUUUGUGGUUGACUUAACAAAGGGUAAAUGUGGUCUAUCUAGACCAGACCGCACAAGCGUGGUCUGGUCUAGACCUAUAUGGUCUGGUCAAUGGUCUAUGCUUUAGUCUCUCGGUCUAGAUCGUAGACGGUCUACGGACCAGACCUCACCAUUUCACAGCCCUAACUUUUUUGUUAUACGAUUAUCGGUUAACCACUAAUUAGAUUAUCAAUUAAAUUCAAUAAACAAUAAAUGUUUACGAGUCCAACUAACUCCGUUUUGUUUUUUUUUUUUUUUUUUUACCAAUUGAGAUUUCCGGUCCCUUAUAGAUUUGACUUCUUUUAUACUCUAGUUGAUUAAAAUGUAUAUGGCCCAUUUUUGCUUUCUUAUUCAUCUUUUUUUCCCUUUUAAAACGCAGUGGUUCACGCCUCACGCGCUAUUUAUUACUCUCAGUUAGCUGCCAGCCUGCCACCAACCAAUGACGUCGUUGAACCAUUGAGAGCUGGUUACUGGUGAGGGUUGGUGACUCACCUAUGAUUACCGGUAACCUUAAUGAUGCUAAUAUUAUUGUGAUAAUUAAACACUUACCUUUUCCUAAAAUAAAAAAUUAAAACACUUACCUAAUUUCCCUUGAAAGAACACUUACCUAUAGGUUUUAUUUUCUGAACGCAAUUAUUUGUUUUAGGAGAGUUUGGUAUCUUUUAGUUGGUAAGAGCAUUGAUAUUAGUACUGUAAUUUUAAUUGCAUAUUUGCAACACAUACAAUUUUAUAUACACGUUAAAGUCGUUAUAGAAAUGGAGUAGUGAACUUCUAAAGAAGAAGCGAGAAAUUAUGUAGUAUACUUCGCCAAGCCCAAGAAAUCAAAGUCACUCGACCCUUCGUGAAGGAAAAUGGGGUGGGGGGUUGCUUCUCUUACACACAAAAAAAGAAAAUGGAUCAUGCAGAAUAUCUCAUCUAAUCUUACCCGGUAGAGUUUGUGUACAAAUUUUCAAACCAACAAAAACUCAACUGUCUCUACUCUCUCAUAUUUACGUUGAACAACAUCCUCCAAGUCACCUAGUGACCUCGAAGCUCUCCCCUCUAAAUAUCAUAUGAGAAACGAGCCAAUUACCUUUUCAGUUAACAUCAAAAGAAAAGUGGAAAUAGAAAGCAUGACAUAACAUGGAUAGGAAGUACACUCGCCUCAGCUUUGAUAAGUGUCUUUUCCUAGGCAAACAACGCUACUUCCACCCUUGCAAUCGACGCAAAACACGCCCUACAACAAAAGUGAUAAGUAUCCACUUUAGUUCUGCUUGGCUGAGUCAGAAGCCCAUGAUACUUACCCGUGAUCCCCGUAGCCCCAAUUCCCAAUUAUUACGCCAUCAACUCCUAAUUCGAGUCCAACGCAAUAUUACUAAAAUAAUCGUCACUUUUGAAAACUUGACCUUCUGGCAGCUCAACCCUUCAUAAUCAUGAAGAACUUAAUAAAGGUCUCACAAUCUCGUAGCAAAGCCCAAACAAAGAGGUAAGAAUCAUUCUAAUAAAUACUCGUAUUAAGUAUCCAUUCAGAUAAAUACUCAUAUGAAUACACCAGGAGAGAAGAUAUGGUUAGUAACCUCUAGUUACUCAACUAUCCAUAAUUUUUUUCCAUGAAACUUAAUAGUCUAUAUCUCUUUCGUUGUUUAAAAAAAUCAUAGAAAAAUCACAUUAUUUAUGCUCUACAAAAUUAUAUCCACUUUAUAUAUUUUUGAACAAAAUUAAAACGUUAAUCUAUACAUUUUGUACAUAUUAUACCAUGAAAUUAUUUGAAAGAAGUAAAUGAGUUAAAAAAAAACAAUUCAAUCUCAGUAAUCAUUCCACUUACAAUCAAAACAACAUAUCUUGUUAAUCACCUCACCUACUACACCAUAGGAAAAAAUCUCUAUUUUGUGUUUAGUGUUUACGCUUGAGCCUUGACAUACACAUGAUGACCUUUCGAAUUAAUGAUAAUAUAUAUAAAUGCCAAUUAAUUUCGUAUUUUAAUUAACAAGCCGACUUGAUUGGACCGGCGACUGCCCCGCCCGGUACCCGGUCACCUUCCACCCGCCCGUUAGCCUAUAAAUAGAGGGCGCUGAAAUUGAGUAGAGUGCGUCGGCCCUUGAUUGCAAAGGAUCUUCUGGUUAAGAGCUUCCAAAUCCAGUCUCUCAUUUCUCCUAUUCCCUUGCUCUUCAGAUCUCGCUCGGUCCACUCAAGUCCGCAAGGUAUCUAUCCCGUUUCUCCCUCUCGUCUUCUUCUCCCUGAUUCCCAUUCCACCGCCAUUUUUGCUCUCUCUGUUUCGCAGCCGAUCUCGAAACCGCCAAUCCUUUUUUGCUUUCGUUUCGUUGCUCUGUGAUCUCGUUUUCACGUCUCUAAUGGCAUGGGAUAUUCCAGAUCUGAGAUUUUUUUUUUCUUUCCUUUGGAAUUGAUUAUAUCAGUGGUUUUGACUUGAUCUGUUGAAACCUUCGAACGCCAUGGAUGUAGUUUAUGAAUUCUUGAGCUUGAACUGCUGUUUCGUUUUCGUCUCGGUGGUUUAGCUGCUUCCUGUAGCCAGAUCUGGCGUCUUACUGUUCAUAUUUCCUCCAGAUCUGGCUCUUCUUUGUAUCUCUACCGACUCUAGGAGAAACGUUUCGCAUGUUGCUCACUGUUAGGGAUAGAUUUAAAAAAAUUCUGCUUUUGUCUUGUUGUGAUGGUGCGUUCCGAAUCUGGUAGAUCUUUUGAAAUCCCUCUCGUCUUUUUUUUCUUCUUUUUCUCGAUUCGUUGUUUUCAGAAGCCUUUCCGAAUCACAGUCGAAUUACUUAUCUUCAGGAACCAAGAUUAGCGUGUAGUAUAUUUGUUGAGUUUUGAUUCUGCAAUCCAUAUAGUUGUAGCAUAGUUGGAUUCCAAUUCUAUUGGGUUACAAUAUCAGUCGCUGAUUUUGUUGUAUCUGCUUCCCCCUUGCUCUCCAAUCCCAGGAAACAAUGGAGACCUUCCUAUUCACAUCCGAGUCUGUGAACGAAGGACACCCAGACAAGCUCUGCGACCAGAUCUCCGAUGCAGUCCUCGACGCAUGCCUUGAGCAAGACCCUGACAGCAAGGUAGCCUGCGAGACCUGCACCAAGACCAACAUGGUCAUGGUGUUCGGGGAGAUCACCACCAAGGCCAAGGUUGAUUACGAGAAGAUCGUCCGCGACACCUGCCGCGAGAUCGGGUUCGUGUCUGACGAUGUCGGGCUUGACGCUGACAACUGCAAGGUCCUGGUCAACAUCGAGCAGCAGAGUCCCGACAUUGCUCAGGGUGUCCACGGCCACUUCACCAAGCGCCCCGAGGAGAUUGGAGCUGGUGACCAGGGCCACAUGUUCGGUUAUGCCACCGAUGAGACCCCCGAGUACAUGCCCUUGACCCAUGUGCUGGCCACCAAGCUGGGAGCCCGCCUCACCGAGGUCAGGAAGAACGGCACCUGCGCGUGGUUGAGGCCCGAUGGCAAGACUCAGGUCACCAUCGAGUACUACAACGAAAAUGGAGCUAUGGUCCCCGUCCGCGUCCACACCGUCCUCAUCUCCACCCAGCACGACGAGACCGUCACCAACGAUGAGAUCGCUGCUGACCUCAAGGAGCAUGUGAUCAAGCCUGUGAUCCCCGAGAAGUACCUUGACGAGAAGACCAUCUUCCACCUCAACCCAUCUGGCCGUUUCGUCAUUGGAGGCCCCCACGGCGAUGCUGGUCUCACCGGACGAAAGAUCAUCAUCGACACCUAUGGUGGAUGGGGUGCCCACGGUGGUGGUGCUUUCUCUGGAAAGGACCCCACCAAGGUGGACAGGAGUGGAGCUUACAUCGUGAGGCAGGCUGCCAAGAGCAUUGUUGCCAACGGCCUUGCCCGCAGGUGCAUUGUGCAGGUGUCCUACGCCAUUGGUGUCCCUGAGCCAUUGUCGGUCUUUGUUGACACCUAUGGUACCGGGAAGAUCCCGGACAGGGAGAUCCUGGAGCUCGUGAAGGAGACGUUCGACUUCAGGCCGGGGAUGAUGACCAUCAACCUCGAUCUCAAGAGGGGAGGCAAUGGGAGGUUCUUGAAGACGGCGGCGUACGGGCACUUCGGAAGGGACGACCCUGACUUCACCUGGGAGGUCGUCAAGCCGCUCAAGGUCAAGGUUGCUGACAAGCCUCAAGCUUGAUUGAAAAGAGAAGAGAGAGUUUGAUCUCCUAUUAUCCGUUCCCCGUUGGUGUCUUUGUACUGAACUGCGGCCAGAUAGUUUGCUGAAAUAAUUGGGUCUUUUGUUUUGUUUGUUUUUUUUUUGUUUUCUCGCUAUGGAUGAAGCGAUGCUAUGUCUGUUUGUGUCCUGGUAACUUACAGUGAAGAUACCUUUUGUGUUCAAUUCUGAUAUUUUUGUUCAAAUGGUUAUAUUUCUAGAAAUGGCUUGAUUCUGCUUCCCGUGUGCGUGUCGGUGCGGUGCUAGAUGGAGUGCAGGAAUUUGUAAUUGGCACCACAACCACUGGAAAGCAUGAUUGCGGUGGAUUUUGUAUUAGCAGUAUUUUGAUAUAUGCGUGGCAGCAACAUUGCAGUAUUCUGUUAUUAGUCGUUGAAUUCAGUGUUUCAUGCCAAUGGAUGAGAGAAGGAAAAUAUCAGAUCCAGCAAUUUAUAAAGCUGUACAAACGUGGUAUUUUCAGCUGCUUACUAGUACUGGAACAAUGGAGUACCACCAUCAGGCAUUUAUCAUCAAGCGGUUUUGGUCCCCCCCGUUUCUUCACAACUGAGAAGUGUCUUAGUUCUCAUAAUAUGUGUGUUGAUUGAUUGUCUUGCUUCUUCAGAACUGGAAAGUGUCUAUUUAUUAUAUAUGUAGAGAGGAUAAUAAGUGUGCCGAUUAUCUUGUUUCUUGUCGUUUGGUUUACAUUUUGUCUUGUUUGCCGAUGUUAAGUUACGGAUAUAGAUUAUGUAUGAUUGUCAUGGAAUUUCUGAACCUCAGUUGGUUUUUUGAAUGACUAAGAUGUGCUGUGUAUCUAUUUAUUAAAAAAAUAUAUUUUCACACUGUUAUUAAAUUAAUUCAUCCAAUAUAACAGUCUAACCGAUAGAAAAUGAAUGAAAUAGUAGAUCUAAUUUCAGCCAAUACAACUACAAAUUGAUAGAAAAAUGGAUGAAAGGGAAUGAUAGAUCUGAUAACUUCAAAGUUGUCAACCGGAUUGAGCUCAUUAAUCCGAUCGAGAAAGUUGUUUAGGGUUAAUGAUCUAAUUCGCGUUAGUUCGGAUACGUGAAAAGAAUCAUUAUAUUGCUCGUAUAUUUAUAAGUUAUAUCAAAUGUCAUCUAACAUGUGGAUAAUAACAUAUGACAUUACACUAAAAUAACAGUUCGUACUUGGAUCCAACAUAUAAUGAAAAUUUGAACACACCCAUAUAACAUUAAUAUUUAAAUGUUCAACUUAAAAUUCCAAAACUAGGGUUGGGGAAGCGGAAAAACGAAAAAAAUGCUCAUUUUGCAUAUCGAAGGGGAAAAGGAUGGUGUAUAUUCGAGUCGAAAAUCUUGCUGAGUAUCGACCUACAGGUGUGUGGCUCCUGUUUUCCUAAAAAUUAAUUUGAAUCAAACUGGACCAACUCGCAGAUCGACUAGUGGGCUAACAACCUUGGAUAACUUUGUUUUAGUAUAGGACAAUACUAAUACAAAAGAUUGUAAAGUGGCAUGUUAAGUAGGGGACAAAACUUACCUAUACCCAGAAAAAAAAAAUGUAUUGACAUAAAGUUUGAUUUUAAGGGACUGAGUAGGUGUGCGAGGAUGCUCGGUAAGUCCGCCGGUGGAUGGUCAAAUUGUUGUGUUUCUUUUUCUUCGGAUGCGCCUGCCGCUGCUUUUGCAUCGUUGUCCUUUAUUCUGAUUCCUCUCCGUCGAUCGGUUGUCCGAGCCGCCGCUGCUGCUUGUGCGGUACACCAAUUCGUUCAUUCGUUGGAGAGGGAAUCUUAAUCACCUAACCAGGGUGUGUUUGGAUAUAAUGAUUUAAAUUUGAUAUUUGUGAUUUGAAUUUUUAAAUAUCAAAUUUAAUUACAUUUAGUAUUUGAAUUUGUGUCAAAUUCAUAGAUUGAUUUCCAAAUACAUGUCUAGUAUAUUACUUGUCAACUUCAAAUACAUUUCAACAUCUAGUGCUUUGAAAUACCUCCUAACAAAAUAUUGGACCUAUUUGUAAAAUAUUAAAAGUUUAGGUACUAUAGUGAGGAAAAAUAUAUAAAGGAACUAAAACAUAAUUUUAUCAUAAAAAUUUCAGGACCUUUUUGUAAAAUUUUAAAAGUUCAGGUACUAAAUUGUAUAAUUUUUUUUUUGGGUUCCAGACUGUAUUUUACCAAAAUUUGUAGUAAGUGACCAGAAAAUUCAAAAUUAAAAUAAAAAAUCAUAAAAUUCAAAAUACAAACAAAUUACAAAUGAGUAUCCAAAGAACAAAUUUGAAUUACAUGUAUUUCAAAUGCUAGUAUUUCAAAUACAUCCAUUUCAAAAUCAUGCAUUCAAAUACCUUACAUUUGAAAUACACCUAUCCAAACGCGCUCUUAGUGGAAUCUGGAAUUAAUACCUGGAUGUCUAAUCCUAUAUGUCACAUACUCACAUUGUUAUUGCAUUUUUGUUAUAACUUUUUUUUUGCCACAAAUAGUUCCAAAUGGGAAGAGCGAAUACCUAUUAUAAUGAAAACGACUUUUGUAGGUCAAACCACAAAUAAAAAAGGAAAAGUCUUUUCAAGUCUAACGAUUAUAGCACCUUGAUGCCACAAAAUGGGUAGCCUACAAUUACCUUUACCGAAUAAGCAGAAUCCAUAACUUCUACCCUUUGCAGGGAGAAAGUCAUGGAUCGAACUCAGUGAAACUGAAAUCAGAGUAGCAAACCCAUAAUAUUACUUGGGUAACAUCGCCAAAGGUCACCUGCAAAAUAACAUGUGAGAUUGUUACUAUAAUUGUAUUGUUUAUAAUGAAAUCUUUUUUUAAUG